AUACGCGCACAUGCGUGCGCGAACGCACAGACACAGACCCUGACACACACACAUACACGGCGAUCCAUCGCUCCGGUUCACAUGCGUCCCCACCGACUCCGCGUAGCGCUGGCUGCGCCAAGAUGAGCGGUUGUCCCGGUACCAUGAUCUGAGCGUCUCACCGCCUGAGUGACCCAGAGCCGGGGAGAGAGAGAGAGAGAGAGAGAGAGAGAGAGAGAGACCAUCUUUCCUCUCUCACAACCCAUCUUCCGUUCGCUCGGAAGAGACCGCAGCUCUAGCCGUUUCUCACUCGCAUCUUUUCUUUUUUUCACCCCCUCCUGCUGUUCUUACUGCAUCCCUCCGUUAUUGUCGGUCUCCCGGUUUAAAGGAGAAACCGGAGAGCCCAGGAGUGCUUUUGUGGAAAUACAUUUUUCGCAUUUUUUUUUCCUGCUGAGUGUUGGUAGCGCGCAGUUGGUGCGCGCUUUCGUAAAUUCCGGUGAAUGGUGGAUUUGGCAAACAUGGAGAGUGUGGAGAAGGAAUGCGGGGCCCUCGGGGGUCUGUUCCAGGCGAUUGUCAACGACAUGAAGUGCUCCUAUCCUGUGUGGGAGGACUUCAGCGCCAAGGCCACCAAGCUGCAUUCCCAGCUCCGAACCACUGUUCUGGCUGCCGUGGCCUUUCUGGAUGCCUUUCAGAAGGUGGCAGACAUGGCUACCAAUACCAGAGGGGCAACCAGAGAUAUCGGUUCAGCUCUGACCAGGAUGUGCAUGAGGCAUCGCAGCAUUGAGGCCAAACUUCGCCAGUUCACCAAUGCUUUGAUGGAGAGUCUGAUCACUCCUCUCCAAGACAAGAUUGAGGACUGGAAGAAGACAGCCAACCAGUUGGAUAAGGAUCAUGCCAAAGAGUACAAGAGGUCACGCCACGAGAUCAAGAAGAAGUCAUCUGACACCAUGAAACUACAGAAGAAGGCUCGUAAAGAGAUCCAGGGGAGGGUGGACCUGCAGCCCCAGCUGGACAGCGCCAUGCAGGAUGUGACUGACCUGUGUCUGCUGAUGGAGGAGACGGAGAAGCAGGCAGUGCGUCGGGCCCUGGUGGAGGAGAGGGGUCGCUUCUGCACAUUCAUCGGCUUCCUUCAGCCUGUCGUGAACGGAGAGAUCGCUAUGCUGGGAGAGAUCACCCACCUCCAGGCCAUCAUUGAUGACCUCACUGUGCUGACAACCGAUCCUCACAAACUGCCCCCAGCAAGUGAACAGGUGAUUAAGGAUCUCAAGGGCUCAGAUUACAGCUGGUCCUAUCAGACUCCUCCUUCAUCCCCCAGCAGCUCUGGCUCCCGCAAGAGCAGCAUGUGCAGCAGCGUCAACAGCGCCCACAGUAGUGCCUCCCGUUCGUCAGGGGGAGGCGGUAGUGGUGGUAUCGGUGGAGGGGGUGGAGGCUCCCAGCCCCACUCCCCCACCUCAUCUUCCUCCUCCUCCUCCUAUCGCUACCGCAGCAGCCUGCCGCAUCAGCCUCCGCCGCCGGGGGGUAUCGCGGCCCACCGCCUCAGCAGCGUCUCCUCCCAUGAUUCGGGCUUUGUGUCCCAGGACGCAAACAUCUACUCCAAGCCCCCCUCGCCCAUGCCCUCGGACAUCACUAGCCAGAAGUCCUCCAGCUCAGCAUCGUCGGAGGCCUCAGAAACAUGCCAGUCAGUCAGUGAAUGCAGCUCCCCCACCACUUUUGGCACGUCCUUCGCUACCUUCCGCCCUGCUCUUUCUCACUCUGGCUCCACCAGGCCUCUCUCUGUCAUUCUUCCUGCGUCCCCACCCUAUAACUGCCCCCCUGGAUCCAGCUCCUCCUCUCCUACAUCAAAGGUUCCUAUGUGGAAGGAUUGGUCCAAAGCAGGUCAGUAUGAGCAGCCGGUGGCAGCCGCAUCAGUUCAGAGGAGAAAGGAACCCCUCGAUAGGCUUAGGGAGAACGAGAUGUCGCCCAGCUCCCAUGGAUACGCUGGGCCAUCGCACCCUGAUGACGCACAGAGACACAGGAUGACCCCUGCUACCAUCGCUGCCAAGCAUGGAGAGGAGGUCUCUCCUGCAGCCAGUGACCUGGCCAUGGUGCUGACCAGAGGGCUGAGCAUGGAACAGCAGAAAAGCAACAGAGACUCCCUGCAGUACUCCAGUGGCUACAGCACAGAGACCACAACACCAUCUUGCUCUGAGGACACAAUUCCUUCACAAGGUUCAGAUUAUGACUGCUACUCAGUGAAUGGUGAUGCUGAAGGUACAGAUGGUCAGACAGAGUUUGACAAGUCCUCCACCAUUCCUCGCCACUCUAACAUCGCCCAGAACUACCGGCGAAUGAUCCAGACCAAGAGGCCAGCUAGCACAGCCGGCCUACCCAGUGGGGUUCUUGGUCCCGGGGGCCAUGGAAUUCAACCUGGAGGAGCUGGUGGAGGUGGAGGUACUCCGGGCACUGCCACCAUCCGUCGAACCCCGUCUACCAAACCAGGCGUGAGGCGCACACUGUCCAGCGCAGGGCCUAUCCCCAUCCGACCACCCAUUGUACCUGUCAAGACACCCACUAUUCCCGGAGACUCACAUUCACCUGGCGCGGCUGGCGGUGGAUUUGCAGGCGGAGGGCACUCGGGUGGCGUGCCUGUGCGUGUGGGCAGCGAGGAGUGCGUCUUCUUCACUGGAGUCGAGGAUGCACAAGGAGCGCUCGAUUACGUGAAAGCAUCGCCGAAGCGCCUCAGCCUGCCUAACACCGCCUGGGGAUCAGGGGCGGCGUUAGAGGUCUACGCCCAGCAGCACGGGGGCCUUGCAAUGGGAACAGGCUCAGGGCCCGGAUCCGAGGAGGAUCAGAUGAUCGCGGCAAAUCGACACAGCCUAGUGGAGAAGAUCGGUGAGUUGGUAGCCAGUGCGCACGCUCUUGGAGAGGGGCAGUUUCCUUUCCCUGCCCUCCCCGAUGACCCGGCCCUGCCGCAAACUGGCCCCACCGACACUCAGACAGGCACAGAGGAGGCAGAAGGGUCUGGUGACAUGUUGACCACCAUCAGGAGAGGAGUCCGCCUUCGCAAGACCGUCUCCAAUGACCGCUCUGCGCCGCGCAUCUUGUGAUGGGAGAAGAAGCAGGAAGAGGAUGAUACUUGUCAGCCAAUAGGGAGUCAGGUGUUGGUGUGGUGCAACCCAACCGCCUAGUACAUACACAAACACUUAACUAUGUAGGGAAAGCUCUAAUAUAACAGAAGAUGAAUGAAAACAUACAGAAAAAAUAUGUUUAAAGACACCAUUAGAGUACAUGAUAUA